AUGAAUGAAAUGAUACUAAAUAUUGAAGGAAGCAAAAGAGACAAAUUUUGUAUGUAUCCAAGAUUUUUACAAAUCAUCCUUAACGUAACUCACCCCGAGUUGCAGAGAGGAAAUGAUACUCUGGAUUUCAAAUCCAUUGGUCCAAGUGCCUUUGGAUUAAUGAAGCAAAAGAGAGGCGGAAAAUUAAUAUUUGAAGGAAAAUUUCCAUUAAUAAAAUUUGGAAUUUUUAAAGAGGAUUUCAGAGAAGAAUCAGCAGAUCAAUCCAUGCCGAUGGAAAAUGAAGAUAUUCAUCACUCUCCCUCCGAGCCUGAAGUGGAGGAGAUUCAUCACUCUCUCACAACUUGUGUAGCUGAUGAGCAUAAUUAUCAGAAAGCAAAUGAUUCAAAAUCUUCUCGAGGGGAUGAUGACGAUGAUCUUUAUGAAGAUGUGGAGUUUUUGAAAGAAAUCGACUUUACAGGAAUCAAUGAUGACAUUCCAACAAACAUAGAGUUUGAUUUUGGUGAUGAAGAUUUUGAUCUUUUUCUUGAUAUUCCCAGCAGCCGUGUAAAUAAAGUCAAUGAAGUUGCUUCUCUAGCAACCAAGACUAGAGAUGAAGGAAAUUUUCUUAAAAUUCUGCUCUCUACCUCAAAGCCCUUGGAAAUCACAACAAGCCAAGGAGAUGUGACCUCAGAGAUUCCUCCCUCUGUGUCACCUGUCUCAACAUCAACUCCAGUCAUUUCUAUGUUAUCUGAACCUCAGACUUCUCAAACCUCCAUAAAGAACAAGCCAAUCUCUUGA